AUGGAUUUCUGUGCUUUCCAUCCGGUUGCCAAUCGGCCGUCGUAUACUUCCUUCUCCUCUCUUUUAAGGUUGUUACCGAAACGCCUUCUCAUCCAUGGAUUCGGAGUCGACUCCGUUUGGCAGUGGUCGGAGACGGUCAAAAUCCUGGUGCUCCAUUUCAACAUCUAUGUGCCGGACCUGGUUUUCUUCUGCGAAUCGUACACGACCCAACCCAAAAAGGUCCGAAUCGUUCCAGGCCCAGUGCGUGAAGCGGGUCAUGGAGGCGAAUUCGGUUUGGAAAAUGAGCUUCGUCGGGAUGAGUUACGGCGGGUUCGUGGCGUACAGUACGGAGGCGCAGUUCAAGGAAUGUGUGGAAAGGUGGUGAUUUGCUGCGCCGGGGUUUGUUUGGAGGAGAAGGACAUUAAAAAUGGGUUGUUUCCAGUGAAUGACGUGGAUGUAGCCGCCGACAUCCUUCUGCCGGAGACGGCGGAGACGAUGAGGGAGUUGUUGCGGUAUGCUUUUGUAAAGCCGCCCAAAGCGUUGCCUUCUUGCUUGCUCAACGACUUUAUCGACGAAAUGGAGAUUAAUGGGAUAUCGGGGAGUGAAAACCAGUGA